GUAAACGUCACUGCGGGACUUUUAAACAGGGAUCUGGGACUGCGGGCUCUAACAACAUUGGGGCUGUUCCAGGAGACGCUGUUGGGCGGAAUGCGGUGCUAGCCUAAUAGUACUGUCACAGUCGGCCAAGCCAUGAACCUUGUGCGGGUCAUAUGUCGUCAUAAGACGGCGCUUGCUCUGGCGGCGCUGUCCCUGUUCCUUGUGGUGCUGCUGUACUUGGCCAAAUGCACCUCGGAGAGUCUGAGGCCGGCGAGUCCCCGGGGACUCCCAUACCAACAGGGCGGCCAUCCCCGGCAGCAGCACGGCAACGCACACGGCGCGGCGGAACUGGCGGAGAAAAGUGUCUCUACCUUCCUAGUCGUGCUCAUUGCCAGCGGCCCGAAGUAUUCGGAGAGGCGGAGUAUCAUCCGCAGUACCUGGCUGUCCGGCGUCCCCUCACGGGCAGGAGAGGUGUGGGGGCGCUUUGUGAUUGGCACGGCGGGACUGGGGGAGGAGGAAUCGGCGGCUCUGGAGAUGGAGCAGCGGCGACACGGGGACCUACUGCUGCUCCCAGAUCUCCAGGACUCCUAUGAGAACCUGACGGCCAAGCUGCUGCGGAUGUACGUGUGGCUGGACCGGCACAUAGACUACAAGUUCGUGCUGAAGGCUGAUGAUGACACAUUUGCCCGACUCGAUUUGUUAGUGGACGAGCUGCGGGCUAAGGAACCGCACCGGCUUUACUGGGGCUUCUUCUCCGGACGGGGCAGGGUGAAAUCAGCGGGGAAGUGGAAAGAGAGUUCUUGGGUGCUGUGUGAUUACUAUCUGCCCUACGCACUGGGUGGGGGCUACGUGAUCUCCUGGGAUCUAGUGCGCUAUCUGAGCCUCAGCCAGGACUUCCUGGCACAUUGGCAGAGUGAAGACGUGUCCCUGGGGGCAUGGUUGGCACCUCUGGAGCUCAAGCGGCUGCACGACCCCCGAUUUGAUACCGAGUACAAGUCCAGGGGCUGCAAUAACAAGUACUUAGUAACCCACAAGCAGAGCAUCGAGGACAUGUUAGAAAAGCAUCAGACAUUGGCUAAAGAAGGCAGGCUGUGCAAGGAAGAGAUCAAACUAAGGCUUUCCUAUAUCUAUGACUGGGAUGUACCACCAUCCCAAUGUUGCCAGAGGAAGGAUGGCAUUCCCUGAGCCCUCCUUUUGGUUUUAGGACUGCCAAGUGAUGUAGUGUUGCUGGUAGGGUUGCUGCCUUUUCUUGGAAAAGAAUACCGGCAUUCCUAUAUUUUUAGCUGUCUUUCUUAUUAAUGACAUAGGCAUCAAGCAUUAUUAUAACCAGCCAGACUGGUUAAAUACAGCGAUGUGGCAACCCUGCGUGGUGGUGAGCACUACACUGAAACAAAAUGUAAUAUGAGUCCCCCUCCAUAGGGUUCGGGCUUUUAAAGGUGUGUGUGAGAUCCAUAAAAAUAACACAGGCAUACUGAGCAUUUAUCCGGCAUAUCCAGUCAACACCCAUCCAGAUGUAGCAUGAAAUAUGGCAUCUUUUCAUUGGGGACAAGGUGGGGUUGUACUUGGUAGUAGUAACAAAUUUUCGUUUUGUCUCUUCAUAUGUUUUCUUUUAAAGUUGUUUUUUUAACUUCCUAUUUUGUCUCUUGUCAGCCUCCAGCUAGAAAUGCUAUCAAGUUGUUGGGGUCCCAGAUCCCCUACAGCCCUUAAAAAAAACAAAAACAGAGCCUCUGUUUUACUGGUCUUCUUUUAUUAUCUUUUUUUUAGACCCAUUACGGUUUAUGAUCCAUUCUCGCCUAGCAACCAGAUAGUAAUUAACAUUCCAAGCAGGAUAGUUCCACAAAAAAGUAAGGCUAACAGCAAAUUGUCUACCACUGGGUACCAUGUUUUUAGGUAAACAACCCAUUUAAAGGAGAAGGAAAGAAAAAUAAAGAGUUGAUCUCAAGCUGCAGGCAUACCUUCAGUUGUCUCAAUAGUGCCCUUAAGUCUCCCCAUAUUUCAAUCGUUCAGAAGAUCAGAAGCCGAGCAGGAAGAAAAAACACUGAGCUGGGUAAAUAGGAUUCCCAUAAUGCAUCACUCCUGCACAGACACUACGACCAGGACUGUAGGCGGUGCAUGCGCAUUUGUCUCUCUUCAGUGAGCACACAAGCAGGACUCUGCACAGUACUGCACGUUGCGCUCGCGUCUGGGGGGGGGGGAUUCGCGCAGGUGCAUUCGCUUAAGCGGUGCCAUGUUGGACUAAUUUAAAUAUCCAACAAGGUGGCCGCAAUGAACAAUGUAUAUUGAGAAGUCAAAACACGCACUGCUGCAAAUAGACAGCACAUUAAGGUACAUAAAGGUAGCGAUCGGCUAAAGGGACUUCAGGACUUUUGAUUUAUGGGGUUGAGAGUUUAACCCUUUCCUUCUCCUUUAAGAAUAAUGCACAUUCUUGCCCUUCAUUUUUUCCAUCUGUAGAAGCAGUUGCACGGUAUGUGAGUUUGGUGCAAGCCACAGAAUAAAAUUAUUUUUGGACAGUGUUUUUAAGUAAUACAUAUCCUGCCACUAAAUCACCAUCUUCCCUUCAAAAAAAAAAGUAAUACAUGAUAAACUUAAGAGUGGCUGUAUAACUGUGUCCAUUUACACACCAAAGAACUUCCUUGUAUAUUUAUGUUUAGGAGAACUAAUCCCCCUUGGGUACAAAAUCCUCACUCAACUGUCCUCCAUUGGCCCCCUCACAGCUCCCACCGCGCACAGUCUAUUUCAUAAGAAGUGCCCCUAUUCGAAAAACUGAAAUGUAAAUGCACCACAGCAAGGUGGAGAUUGCAGACACCAUUUUCACUUCAUUACAAUCCUCUGUGUCUGUUCGCCAACACGAAGCCUGCAGGAGUAUGUUCAGUUAAAGCAGAUUCCGCAGUAGCUCCAGCCGUGCAUCCUGCAGGCUUUGUGCUGGCGAAGGUGAUUUAGAACUAGGGGUAGGCUUGUGCCUAGGGGGCAGUGGGGGGCACUAGGCAUGUACCUCAUCUCCCCUAGUUCUUUUUCUAUAAGUUAUUACCGAGUGAGGUAGUUUCAAUGCAAGGAUGACGAGUGGGGUGCCUGCUCAUCAGCAAUUAUCCCUACUCUUGUCAAUCCUGUCUUCCUCACUUGCCAUUAUAUUGCCAAAAGUAUUUGGACAAGGCAUCUAAAUUUAUCUCAUCGGUUUAAACACUCCCUGCUAAUUUCCAAACUGUCUUUUAAGCCACGUCACAAUAAAAAGUGAUUUUUUGAUAAGCUGCUGCACAAAAGCCUGCCCUGUACAUUUCCAAUCACUGGCUUGUGUAAAGGUUGCUGCCAUUGGAAGCAGUGGAAACCUUUCAUAAAUUUCUUUUUAUAAUCUAGCAGUCUGACACAGAAGUCUGGGUUUGGUGGAUGUCCGCUAGAUGCUACCUGCUUUAAUGCAUAAUUCAAGGGUAAGGUUUGGUGGGGAUUAAAAAAUGGGUUGGGGCACAGUAGUAUGUACAUACUUUAAGGCUGAACUUUCCCUAAUCUAUUUUUAUUAAACUUGAACCUACUUUAUAACAGAAGGCAUGGUAACUGUAUAUAAGUGUGUAAAAAUCACUUAACGGCCUCGACCGCAACUAUUAAAAUAACUUACGUUAUACUGUUAGAAUGUAUUUAUUGUGAACCUAGAGGUCUUCCUUUUUGAUGUUAAUGGCAGCUGACUAAGAACACUAUUAUGUGAAUAUAUAUAUAUAUAUAUAUAUAUAUAUAUAAUGUGUUAAAGAAGAAUAACUAAGAAAAAUCCACCCACUUUCUAUUCAUUCCUAUUCACCAUUUGAUAAAUACGCUUCUAAAAAUCAAAAGUACACUGGAAAAUUGACUAGAGAAAGUGAUUAAUUUGUACCUGUUCAGCUAACUGAAUAUAUAACUCGGGUUGAGUCAAUCAAACAAAUCUAAAUUCAACCAUAAUGUUUUUCAUAUAAAAUAAACUUCAGCACCUCAAUUUACAGGUCCGUUGUGUUCAAGCAUGAAAAUACUGUAACUUGGUGUAACCUGUUUAUGCCAAACUAAUGUGUUACCAAUGCAAGCAGUGAGAUUUACAUUGUAGGGCCUAGCCCCACUGCUGUACUGAAUAUUCAUGUACAAAUUGUAAAUACAUGUCCUGUUAUUGAAAGGAUUUUAAAGGUCUUGAUAAUUUAUUCAUAUUUAUUUAAACGUUGGUGAACUUCUUGUUUUUGUUGUAAGCAAUUUGCAACAUCUUGUCUGUAUAUUUAAUAUAUUAACUUGUGCAUGGAUUGUUUGUAUUGUUAAUAAACAUCCUUUAUAUGUGAA